CACAAUUUAUGAUGGGAAUGUGUCUAGAGAGAGAAACGCUAUGAACACAGAGAAUCAACUCGACUCCGAAACUACCACCGCGAUAUACAGCGAGAAGAAGAAGACAAUGAACGUGAGAGAACAGGCCGAGAAUAUUGGGCACAACGGCUGGCUGAGUGGGAUGAUGAAGUGGAGAUGGAUAGAGGAUCGCAAGAGUUCUAUGUGAGCCGCUCACGGUGGAGAAAGUCAAGAGAAGAUGUCAAGAGAAGAGAAGAGGAACGAGAUGAUGAAGAUAGACGAGCAGAACAACAUGAGCUUGAUGAGGCUAGACGACAAGCAGAAGAAGAAGAAAGAGCACGACAGGAGACUAAUGUUCUCAACCGAGAGCCAGAUGAGAUUACCAAGAUCGAGAUCAAGCCACGGAAACUCAACUUCAAUCUACCCAUCAAACGAGUGCCCAAUAUGGGUGGUAACGAAGAGGAAGAGGACGAAGAAGAAGGUGGAAAGCGAAAACGUGUGCUUGUUCCUCUGGAUUAUGGUGAUGAUAUGACUAUUGAUGGCACAUCACAUCUCGAUCCAGAAGAGCGCGCCCAGCGUGUGAAAGAACUUAUUGGAUCGAUUCCCAGUUCAGAACAAGAGCUCUGGAACUGGCCCGUUAAGUGGAAUGAACUCGAUGAGGAUCUCAUUUCUACGAAAUUACAGCCAUUUGUAUCAAAGAAGAUUGUGGAAAUUGUGGGAGUACAAGAAGACGAUCUUGUGGACUUUAUUCUUGAAUUUAUCCGUAACAAGAAACCUCCCACAGAACUUGUCAGCGAAUUGGAGAUGACAUUGGAUGAAGAGGCCAUGAUGUUUGUAAUGAAGCUUUGGAGAGCACUGAUUUUCGAGACUGAAAGAAAGUUCCAAAGACUGUAAAAACUAAAUAAAUAAAUAAAUACAUACAUAAAUAAACAAAUGAUAAUAAAGAUAAUAAAACCAGUGUUCAAGG